AUGAAUCUAUCAAAUUUAUCUGACUUUUCAGAUAGUCAGUUUGAUGUAUACAAAUGGAUUAACACGUCCAUCGACCUUAUGGGAAAUACGGAAGAUCUCGAUUCUUUUUUGUCCGGAUUGUCUAUGAAGAUCCAAGUAUUGUCACAGGACUGUGGAGACAGCAUUGAGUCGCAAAUGUGCUCCCUACUCAACCGUCUCCCAGAUAUGAUGACAGAAGUCGUAGAAUUGGAAGGAAAGAUGGAGGUUCUGAAAAACGACAUUAGGGAAAUGAGUAAUAAAACAAAAAGUCUGGAAAGAAAUGCAGAAACCGAAGUGCUCUCUGAUUUGAAAGUGAUUCAAAAUCGGAUGAAAACAUGCAAAUGUCAGUUAGAAACGCUUAUGGAGUGGGACCAGCUGUGCUCUUCGUGCCAAGAUGCGCUCUCUAACCAAGACACAGAGAUGGCUGCAUCGAUUAUCGAGGACCUGAUGCGUUCCAUUCAGCUCCUCUCCGGCAUUCCCAACCAGGAAGCCCGCCUGAGCACCAUUCAGUCGUUCAACAAGGAACUGGAAGUGCAGCUUCUUCCCAAACUCGAAUCGGCUCUGCAGUCGCGCAACGACACACAGCAGCUUCUAAUCCACAAGAUCUAUUGCCAUCUGGGUCUGGAGUCCAAAUUCAUCGAGGAGUUCUGCCACUUCCACUCCGCUUCCUUCGUUCAGUAUUGCUUUUUCUGUUUCAUUCAUUCAUUCAGAGUUUGGAAAAACUCGCAAGCCGAAUCGGUGACCGACUCCAUUCAGAACUUCUACACGAAUCUGCACACAUGGCUCCUCUCUCUCUCGGACGAUUUAAUCUCCAUUUUCAGCGACAACGACGACAGUUUCUCUGUUUCCCCUUUGUAA